UAUUAAAUUUUCAUAUGAAUUUAGAUGAAUGUUGAUGUUAAUUAAGAUAAUGUAAUCAAUGAAUUCAAAUGUCUGACAAUGUAUUGGUGUUAAAAAUAUUAUAAAUCAUCGUAGAAUUAUGUACUUUAUAUAAUAAUAUGUUAGAAGUGCGAAUGGAUUAUCAUAUUUAUUAUUUCAAAUUGAAAAAGAAAAUUUAACAAAAAAUCAAUUGCCGUGAUCCUAUUAGGACUGGAUUGGGCCAUACAUUUUAAGGCCUGAAGGAUCAACCCGUCCUGACCUAUUAAAUUCUUUGGCCCAUAAGUAUUGGACUGAAUUGAAUUGGACCAGCUCAUUUUUUGACAGUUAUGCCACCAAAUGACAGUUCAAGGUAUUUCAUGUAACCAUAAAAAAGAUACCAUAAAAUACAAUAACUUUUAGAAAACAAUCAAACAUAUUCCCGUACCAUCCCGAAACCACCAUCCAAACAGGCACAAAGGAGACCCGCUUAAAUUCAUGAAUGGUGCAGCGUCUUCCUUUUUGAAGAGUAAAAUGAUAGACAAAUUUUAGUUUGAGGAGGUAACAUCUUUUCUUACUAAAAUGGUGAAUGACUUGUAAUCCAAGUGUUCCGACCUCACAACUCACGAGACUCCCCUACCCAACUAACUCUUCGCUUCCACUACUAGCCCACCCCUCUCCCUUUUCUUGAAUCAAAAUCAAAUCCCAUCAUUGCUUUCUUUUUCUUGUAAUCAAAUCUACCCUUUUCCUUCACUGGGCCAAAAGGUCUAUACUUGUAUCUGGAGUUGUUGUUGAUCGUAAUAUGACUGAACAUUAUGGCAACUCAAGAGAAAGUUCGAGUUCUGCGUCUAGCUUGAAUAGCAGUUUACAAGUUACUGAGGAUGAUCAUGCCAUUGCCAAAAUAUUGGCUGAAGAAGAAGAAAUUGCUUCGAGGUAUGGGGGAAAGCUUGCGAAGAGACUCUCUCAUUUGGACUCCAUCCCGCACACUCCAAGGGUUAUUGGGCAGAUCCCCGAUCCUAAUGAUGCCACACUUGACCACGGGAGGCUGUCUAGCAGGUUGGCAGCAUAUGGACUUGCUGAAUUUCAAAUUCAAGGAGAUGGGAAUUGCCAGUUUCGAGCCCUUGCAGAUCAGUUGUAUCAUAAUCCGGAGUAUCAUAAGCAUGUGAGAAAGGAGGUUGUCAAACAGCUUAAGCAUUUCAGAAAGUUUUAUGAAAGUUAUGUUCCCAUGAAAUACAAAAGCUACCUGAAGAAGAUGAAGAGGUUGGGGGAAUGGGGAGAUCAUAUCACUCUCCAAGCAGCGGCAGAUCGAUAUGGAGUAAAAAUAUGUUUGGUCACUUCUUUUCGCGAAAAUGGCUACAUUGAGAUCCUUCCCAAGGACAUACAACCUUCUAGAGAAUUGUGGCUGAGUUUCUGGAGUGAAGUGCAUUACAAUUCUCUAUACAAAAUCUAUUACAUUUUUGAAGUUGUGUUCUCUGAUGCAGAUCUAAUUUGGACUCGAUGGGUUCAACCGUUAUUUCUUACCACUAAAUCUAUUACAUUUUUGAAGUUGUGUUCAUAGUUAGAUAUUUGUUGAAAUCGUAGUGAUUCUCAAUCAUUCAAUUUUCCGUGGCAUAACUGAUGGGUUCAGUUGAACCGUUGAAUCCAUGUUCUACCCACCUCUACCUCUUGUGCUUCCGUUCAUCCUUGAGAAUGUCUUGGCUAUCAUUGGUUUCUGAUAUAUUGAGCAUAUCUUCUUAACUUGAUGUGCAACAGAGGUGCCUGCUAGAGUGUGCAGAAAGAAGCAUUGGCUUUUCUGAGGCUUUCACCAGCAAAAGUAUUGAGACACGACAUUUGAGCGUACUGCCUUGGAAGUAAAGCAUUUUACAUAGAGGUUACCCAAGAUUCGAAGUCAAUGUGUGUGGAGUACUAUUGCAGUCGCUACUCACUACUCUUAUGCGACAAUUACUGAGUACUUAAUAGUUGAUAUGAAUAUAUGUUUCAACAAUCCUAAUAUAUAUAUAUAUAUAUAUAUAUUUAUAUAUA